UGGGGCUUGGUCUUGAAGUUUUCAGAUGCAUCUGUAGAUGAAUCAUAACAGCAUCAAGAUGUCGGGACGAUCAGGCCGUGCUGAGACCCGAAGUCGCGCUAAAGAUGAUAUUAAAAAGGUCCUGGCUGCCAUCGAGAAAGUGCGGAAAUGGGAGAAGAAAUGGGUGACAGUAGGUGAUACAUCCUUACGCAUCUUCAAGUGGGUGCCAGUUACAGAAACAAAGCAGAUAUAUCGCACCAAAUCCACAGGUGGAGAUGUAAGAGGACUGAAGGAUGUGGUCCUUGAAAACACAAACUCUCUCCUGGACUUCACUGAUGAAAAUAGCAACCAGAGCUUUUUAUCGGACGUUUACCAGCCUAAAAUGGAUAACAGCAGCAGCACAUCGAGCUCACAGCAGGUCAGCCCUCCACAUACCUCCAGCCUCCGGACCGAAGACUCACAGCCACCCAUGUUGGGCCAGGAGAGUGUGGAUGAGCCAGUUCAUUCAGGGCAGGAGGGGGCUGAUGAGCCACCUACUCUUAUCAAGGAGGAGCUACUUUCAUCAGGAACCACCAGACGGAGCAGCCCAGACACACAGGAGGAACUGGAUGAAUCAGGAGCACCUCCUUUAAAGAAGAUUUGCACAGGAGACAACACGGUUUUGAGAUAGCUUAUUUAUAGUUGUUUUGUUAAAAUGCAAACAAUACUUGUCCCUUUCAGAUUAGCUAAGAUUUAAGGUUCUGUUGAAAUGUUAACAUGAAUUUUACAUCUCAAAAUUACAAGUAUUACAAGUAUUUACUGCUUAUUUUGUUCACUUUAAGAGCUCUUUUAAGUAUUGCUGUAUGAAGUGAUUGCUGGGAAUAAAGGAGGGGAUUUUACAAACUGAUGCAAGGAAGUGCUGCUGAGGACAGUUAGUAUUUUAAAUCAUCUGCUGUAAAUUUCUAGUUUUCUGCUUCUAAUUUUCGCUUUAUGCAGUGUAACUUUACUUGUGCAUGUUCUCAUAUUUCAUUGCUCUUUUUAGGUUUACAGGGGCAUUUUAGGGGGAAUAAAGUUAAUUGUGUAACUUUAUGAAGAUAAAUGUUUAGGUGUGCUAUUCUGCUUUUUUUCAUGCAACACCCUUCAUAAAACAAAUCUUUUUGUUCAGCUCAUUCAAGAAUAAAUGAUUUUUUUGGUA